AAUUUUACUUGUUUUCAGCUUGCACAAGAGUCUCCAAUCUUAACUUCUCUCUCCACUUGCCAAAGGAAAGGCUAAAGAGGAGAAGGAAAAAGGCAAAGCAAGAGCCGACCAACACACACAGAACCAUGUCUUCCCCAAGCAAGCGCAGAGAGAUGGACUUGAUGAAACUGAUGAUGAGUGAUUACAAGGUGGAGAUGAUUAAUGAUGGAAUGCAAGAAUUUUAUGUGCAAUUCCAUGGACCCAAUGGCAGUCCUUAUCAUGGUGGUGUGUGGAAAGUGAGAGUUGAGUUGCCUGAUGCUUAUCCUUAUAAAUCUCCUUCCAUUGGCUUUGUCAACAAGAUCUAUCACCCAAAUGUUGAUGAGAUGUCAGGAUCAGUUUGUCUGGAUGUUAUCAAUCAAACCUGGAGUCCCAUGUUUGAUCUUGUUAAUGUGUUUGAGGUGUUUCUACCACAACUUCUGCUGUAUCCCAAUCCAUCAGACCCCUUGAAUGGAGAAGCUGCAGCUUUAAUGAUGCGUGACCGAUCUGCUUAUGAGAUAAGGGUUAAAGAGUACUGUGAGAAGUAUGCUAAGCCUGAAGACAUAGGGGAAGUCACAGAAGAGAAAUCCAGUGAUGAGGAAAUGAGUGAAGAUGAAUCUGAUUCUAGUGAUGAGCAGGUUGUUGGUAAAGCAGACCCCUAGCUUUGCAUGCAUGUCAUGUUCUUAACAUUGUAUUUUAUCUGUAAAUGAUGUUCUAUUUGUGUUAAUUUACCUCACCACAUAUGAACCUGUUAUGGAUAAGGGGGAAAAGUCUCCUUCCUUCUAUUCUAGUUUCCUGUCGCUGUAAAUAAAGUACCAUUGAUUUCCUGAUGCAAUUCUAUUUCAUGUUUAGCUCA